CUUCCCAAGUAGAUAUCCCCCCUCUCACUUUGACGCCUUGACACAUUUCCAUCUCAUCCCUUCUCCAUCAACACGGACAAGACCAUUUCAUCCCUCUUUCAUUACCCGCUGAAUCUCGUUUAUUGUCUUUUUCUUUGCUUUCUCUUUCGAUUUUGCAGCUCGGCAGAUCGGACCGUGGCUAACCCUCAUUCUCGCGUCCCCCGCUGUUGUAUUGUAUGUAUAAUGGCUACCGCAGACAUGCCUGAUCCAUCGGAUAGCGACUAUGACUCUUCGGACCUGGAGUUCGAUAUGCCCGCCGCGUUCGCGGACCGAGCAUUUGGUCAAGCGUCCAUUGAUGCCAUGGAUGCCAAUAGGCAUACUCUGCGUGUCUCCACCAAGAGAGCGAUCAAGACACUGCAAUUUCGAGAUGGGACUUCUCCAGGUAGUUUAAGGCAUAGCGCUCUCUGGAAACGCCGCUUCAAUUAUUUUCGGGAGCACGUACUGAAGCAAUGGCCCAAAAAACCGUUCUCGGCUCCCUGGAUGUGA